CCCCCUCCUCUGUUCUUUCCAUCUUGCUGAGUGUUCUUGGCUCUGUGCUUCCUCUUGGCCCAUCUCACUUCCUGAAACACCCCUGAAGAGGGCUGCUUAUCUUGAUGGAGCUUGAGUAGCCCUACGGAGGCAGGGGAAGGCAGAGGCCUUGAGCGUGUCUGUCUGGGGAACUAAGAGCAGCAGCACUUUCAGAUUCAGCCCACAUAGAACUGUCCCCCAGGAUUCCAGGAACCCGGGGAUGUGUGGCCUGCAAAGGGGCUGGAAGUAAUUGCCUUGUGAUGGGAUCUUUCUAAGGAGAAGGAGUCCUCUAAGAGAGCCCCCACCAGAGAAGAGAAGGAAUGGUUAAGUUGUGAGUUUUAGACUGUUGCUGCUGCACCUGGAGCUCUGGCAAGAUGUCUGGCAAGAGCUAGGCUCACUGGCCCACACGGAUCCUGUUGGCAUGCCUGUCUCCUGGGAGGCUCCUCUGGGAAAGCAAGAUGCCUGUCAACAGCACUGCCCUGUCGUUGGCCACCAUUACCUACAUCACUGUGGAGAUUCUCAUUGGGCUCUGCGCCAUAGUGGGCAACGUGAUGGUCAUCUGGGUGGUCAAGCUGAACCCUAGCCUGCAGACCACCACCUUCUAUUUCAUUGUCUCCCUAGCCCUGGCUGACAUUGCUGUUGGCGUCCUGGUCAUGCCUUUGGCCGUUGUCGUUAGCCUGGGCAUCACGACCCACUUUUACAGCUGUCUUCUCAUGACCUGCCUGCUACUGGUCUUCACCCACGCCUCCAUCAUGUCCUUGCUAGCCAUUGCUGUGGAUCGAUACCUGCGGGUCAAGCUCACGAUCAGAUACAGGAGGGUCACCACUCAAAGAAGAAUAUGGUUGGCCCUGGGCCUUUGCUGGCUGGUAUCAUUCCUGGUGGGAUUGACCCCCAUGUUUGGCUGGAACAUGAAACUGACCUCAGGGUACUACAGAAAUGUCACCUUCCUUUCAUGCCAAUUCCGUUCCGUCGUGAGGAUGGACUACAUGGUCUACUUCAGCUUCUUCACUUGGAUUUUCAUCCCCCUGGUUGUCAUGAGUGCCAUCUAUCUUGACAUCUUCUACGUCAUCCGGAACAAACUCAAUCUGAACUUUUCUGGCUCCAAAGAGACAGGAGCAUUUUAUGGACGGGAGUUCAAGACAGCCAAGUCUCUGUUUCUGGUUCUCUUCUUGUUUGCUUUGUCCUGGCUGCCUUUAUCCAUCAUCAACUGUAUCAUAUACUUUAAUGGUGAGGUACCACAAAUUGUGAUGUACUUGGGCAUCCUGCUGUCCCAUGCUAACUCCAUGAUGAACCCUAUCGUCUAUGCUUGUAAAAUAAAGAAGUUCAAGGAAACCUAUUUCUUGAUCCUCAAAGCCUGUAUGAUCUGCCAAUCCUCUGAUUCCUUGGAUCCAAGCAUUGAGCAGACUUCUGAGUAGUUAGCCAUGAGAAAUGACUCUCCAUCCCAUUCACCUUCAGAUUCAGCAUCAACAAACACUUGAGGGCCUAUCCACCUGGGCCAGAGGCUUUCACAUCCUUGAUUCCUUCCACUGAGGUGGGGAACAUUUGGCUCGCUGCCUCCAAUUUUACUUUUCCUACUACUCUCUUCCUUUAAUUCUAUUUUUUUUCCUUGUCCUUCUCUAAUUCAAUUUUAUGGAUGCCUGACUUGAGGACAAUGUUCUGUAGUUAUUACUGCCUAUGUUCCUCCUUCCCAAACAGGAGGAGAAGUCAUGGAAUCUGAAGGAUGCCUCAUUGACUUGCUGACAGAAGACACCAAUGGAGCUGGACAUAUACAUGAUGGUGAUUCAGUUCUCCUCCAUCGUGGAACUAAGCAGAGAACCCUGCUCUCAGCAGAUGCUGGGAGAUGGUGGGAACAGAAGGAGUGAACUGAGUUUAAGGGGAACUUAAACUGCUGAAUUCACCCAUAAAUGUAUUUGAGUAAAUAAAAGAUGAUAGCUAA